CCGGUCAUAAACUCAAAAAACAGUAGAAGAAGAGUAGCGCGGCGCAUGAGAAGAACCCAAACAGCUCUCUAUGGUUGUUUGUCCAGGUCAUUAAAAUCUGACAAAGCAAUGACAGCCACCGCUAGUUGUGUAUAAAGCUGCUUGAAAAGAGAAAAUCACCGUACAGAGAGGACCGAGCGUCCGCCGGAUGAGGGAGCGUCCCCAGGAUGGCAGGAGUGUUCGACAUCGACUUGGAGACUGAGGACAUCAGUGACACAGAGGAUGAUGUGUGCGACUUCACUGUGCCAGAACCAGAAAAUGCCCAGACGGAGGAGGUGGAGCUGACCAGUGAAAGUGUCAACAGGGACCGUGAGAGAGUCGGACCGGACUGCUUUGAGCUUCUUACAGUGCUGGGAAAAGGAGCUUAUGGCAAAGUUUUCCAAGUGAGGAAGGUUCAAGGGGCUCAGACAGGGAGAAUUUUUGCCAUGAAGGUCCUGAAAAAGGCAAAGAUAGUGUGCAACGCUAAAGACACGGCCCAUACGCGAGCAGAGCGAGAGAUCCUGGAGACGGUGAGGCACCCGUUCAUCGUAGAUCUCCUGUACGCCUUCCAGACUGGAGGAAAACUCUACCUCAUCUUGGAGUGUCUGAGCGGAGGAGAGUUGUUCAUGCAGCUGGAGAAGGAAGGCAUCUUCAUGGAGGACACUGCCUGCUUCUAUCUUGGAGAGAUCACUCUGGCCCUCGGUCACCUCCACUCUAACGGGAUUAUUUAUCGGGACCUGAAACCUGAAAACAUCAUGCUCAAUCACCAAGGACACAUCAAGCUGACUGACUUUGGGCUCUGCAAAGAAUCGAUUCACGAUGGAUCCGUCACACACACCUUCUGCGGCACCAUCGAGUACAUGGCUCCAGAGAUCCUGACCAGGUCGGGUCACAACAGAGCGGUGGACUGGUGGAGCCUCGGGGCGCUCAUGUACGAUAUGAUGACUGGAUCGCCUCCGUUCACGGCGGAAAACAGGAAGAAGACCAUCGACAAGAUCUUGAAGUGUAAACUCAGCCUGCCGCCGUACCUGACAAUCGAUGCCAGAGACCUCGUCAAAAAGCUGUUGAAGAAAAACCCAGCCCAAAGACUUGGCUCCAGUAAAGCAGACUGUGCUGACAUCCAGAAACACGCCUUCUUUAAACACGUUAUCUGGGACGACCUGCUGCAUAGGAGAGUGGAGCCGCCGUAUAAGCCACAGCUGCAGUCGGAUGAGGAUGUGAGCCAGUUUGACACCAGGUUUACCAGACAGACGCCGGUGGACAGUCCAGAUGACACUUCGCUCAGCCACAGCGCAGAGCUCGCCUUCGCUGGUUUCACAUACGUGGCUCCAUCGGUCCUCGAGAGUCUAAAGGAAGGCUUCUCAUUCGAACCCCGAGCGAGAAAUGUACGCCGACACAACAGCAGCCCACGCACGCCCAUCAGUCCUUUAAAAUUUUCCCCCGCUGGGCCGUUCAAGUCCAGCAUCGACGGAGAGCCAGACCCUUUCUCUCCGAUGUCUCCACCGACAGCGGCAGCUCCGGUUUCCAUGCCGAAGGAAAACGGAGCCGCCAGUCAGCCAAUCAAAACCCCUGCGAGGAACAAGAAGCUGAAAGGACAUCGGAGAUGAGGAGGAGCUCCUCAAAGAACGAGCCUUGGUCAGAUUAACAUGUAGUUUAGUCGUGCUGAGGAACACGAGUUGGAGUGUUGUGGUUUUUCUUUACAGAGCGGUUUAACUCCGAGGCUCCUGAGAAGCCAAAAUCAUCAUGGGAAGCCUUCAGUUUGCGUUUUUGUUUCAUUUGUAACUUUCAUCUCACCUCACAUUUAAAAAUAUAUAUAUUCAGCUACAGUGCUGCUGCUACUGUCCAGCACUUUUAUUUAUUUCUCAUCUUCUUCAAAGCUUUAGUUUACAGCCUUGGUAUUUCUGCAACUGUAUUUCUGUCACGCUGUGCCACUAAUCUCUGGGAAACAAAAGUCCCACUAGAAAGAGGUCAAUAGCCACUAAUUCUCCUCCACAAGGUCGGCUAAAUGACUGAUGGUAACAGAGUUUACCGUCUUGUAUGACCGCCGGUGUGAUCUCAGCAAAGGGAAGCUGUGAUAUAAAGUUUUGGGGGGUUUAAUUAGGUCAUCAGCUUUUAAUUAGUUCAUCAGAGUUUGUGCGAAGAGGUCGGCUAUCACAGGCUGACGUUUUAAUUAGCGGGCUGAUGAACGAUCACAUGAUCGAAGGUAGAAAUUGACCUUCAGCCAUCGUGGAGGCAGCAGGUUGGUAACUUCAGGCUAAAGCAGUAGGAUUAGGGCGGGUCAGACAUGAGAUAAUGUAUUCGUGAAUGUCUCCGUGUCUUUCUGAGCAGCUUCAUGUUCACUGCCAAAGGUGUUCACACACAUACUGUCCUCGUAUCACGCCGUAGGGUGAAGUACUUUAUUUAUUUGGUUUGCCGGGAAGGUUGUAACCAAUCAUCAGAUAGGAAAAUAAGAGCUUAACAGUCGGUGCAAUGUACAGUCAAAGCAGCGUGCUAAACAUGGUGCUCUCAGACAACAAAAACCUUGUAUAAAAAUAAUAAUAUUUUUGGGUUAAACCGAACAAAAUAUUUUUACAUAUGAAUUGUAGGUCAGAUACUGUUAAUAAAAAGUGUUUUUGCCUGUCGUGCUCAGAAAAACAGUAAUUCAGCACUGGAAGGGAUCACACAAGUUACAUGUUCAUCUGAAGCCACAGUUAUUACAGCUGUUUGAUUUUCCUCUUUUCUUUGAAAUAACAGGACAUCAGGAAAAUGACAAACCUGCGUGAGCAUUAAAGGUACUUAUUUUAAAGCUUUCUAAGUGUAAACACUCGCUGAGUUGAUGUCCAAAACUGGUGUUAGAGAGAUCAGCUGAAGCUAAACAAAGGAUGGGUUGUACCUUCAUAUAAGCCAGUUUAUACCACGAGUUGGUGAAGUGAGUCACCAGGGAAGUCAUUAACAUAACAAGCACUGAUUAAAUGCUGCCCCCGUUUUGGGAAACUUAUAAAAAGUACCUUUAAGGAGCUCAGGCAGCUCGUUAAAACAGCUGAGCAGAGACUGCAAGCGCAAAUAUUUCACACAAAUUAGGAAAAGAAAUGGACAGCUUUAAACUGGACCUACUCUGCUCUGUUAUAUCUAUAAACUCUUAAAAUGGUGAAUUAUUGUACCAAACAUUAUCUAAGUGUGAAAAGGUUUCACACAGUUCUUUCUACGGUUGAUGCCACAGACAGGGGAUAUGCCUAAUAUGGUCAUAUUAUAAAAGGCCCGCCCAACUGGUGUUCAGACCAAUUAGAAUAAAGUCACCCUCAAAGGGGGAGGAGCUAAAACAGCUCGUUCAGGCUGAACAAAGGCCCACAAAAAGAUAAAUAAGGAUGAUUUUGAACUGUGAAUUAUGCAAAGCUACUCUGGUAGAGUCCAAGAAUAAAUAACUAUGAGCAGAAUAGGUCCACCUUAAACUAUCGUCCUACUCCAGUAAGGUAUACAGAUGGAUCGCACGCCUAAUGGACUUAAUGUAUUUGUUUUCUGGAUCGUUGAUUCACUUUAACACUUCAGCCUGGUUUACCGGAGAGUCGAAUGUAUUUCACCAGCUGUAAAUUUUCCUUUGCACCAUCUAAAGUGAUCAGCGCUACAUCAGCAUAUACUUUUGAAAGAGUUAUCAUAUGAAUAAAUGUAGAUACUAUGAAGUUAUUGCUGUACUUCCAGCAUCUUCACUAACCCAUUUUUCUAUGUCAGUGCCAUGCAUGCUGAGUGGAGGAUGAAUACUAAAGUUUUUCUACCUCCUCGUCUUCUCAAGCACGUCUUAGCUAAGUGACAGUAUCUGUUUUGUACAGACAUUUGUGAUUAUCAGAGAAUGACUCCUACAGACUCUAAUAUUUCGUUGUUUCUGCUCUAAUCUCACCAUGAGAUUCACAUUUGAGGUAAAAUAACUUCCAUCUCAGGAUGAACUGCUCAGUGUUUGAUAACUUUUUGAUUCUGUAUUGUGAUGUGACCUACUGGUUAGCAAAGUCCUGCCUCAGGCUUUGCUGUUGCUAUCUGAGAGAGUGGGGAGAGACUGAGGGCGGCUGUAGGCUCGUGCGCUCCGUCGUCCUUCUGUGUGUUCACAAAAGGAGCGUCACGUUCUUUCAAUGAAUUUAAAACAAGAGCGUGAGGCCGUAAACUCAUCAGCAAAGAGUUUGCAAAAGUCAGAGCUCAAGUGAGACAGACGUGGACUUCUACACAAUCAGACGUCUUUUUACAGCCACAGGAGUCGCCCCCUAUUGGACAAUAAAAGGGAUGCAGGUUUAAGGCUUUACUUUUUGGACCCAAAAAGAAAAUCGAUCUUUAUGUUUGUGCACUGCUAUCAGCCACGGUUCUGUUAUUUUUGCAGCGAUCAGGUAAGAAUGCUGAGCACUGUUAUCAUGUUAGCACUACCUCAAAGCUGCUGCGCUGAAAAUUUGUGGUCUUUUUAAAAAAAAUAGCCCAGGGAAAUUAAGAUGGAAGCACCAUAACGUGCAGUUCCUCUAAUGUCCACCAGAGGCUCCAGCAGUGAGUCAGUCCCCAUAGACACCCAUGUUAAAAUGUCCGUUUACAGCCUGCGACAAAAAACAGUUUACGUCUCCAUGGCCAGUUUCCCCUUACAGAACAACUGUACACAAAGAGAAAUUCACUUGUUUAUAUCACAUUAAGGCCUAAAGUUUGCAUUAUUAGGGGCGUGGCCUCUUUGAAAAGUGGAUGAUGGUGACUCCAGCAGCUGAAGCUGCUGUCUCCGUCACGUUGUGACUGGAACUUUGGAUGAACUUUGUGCUGUUGGUUCCUUUUGGAGCAUUUUUUAAUGCAUUUAUCUAACAAACAUGGCUCGCUGUGCAGUCGUUGUACCAAUCAUGGUCCAGGAAGUCGGUGUUUUAGCUUUGGGGAAAUUGUACUUUUUUUAGUCUGUCAUUUGCAUGAACUGGCAGGUAUCUAUGCCUGUGUGCCCAUCGGUUUAUUGUUACAGAUUAAAUAAAGUAGUUGUAACUUGUCACUCCACUCUCUCAUCCAGAUGUGGUCACUUCUGGCUCCCAAAAUAACUAAAUGGUAGAGACCACAGUGAGCCUGAACAAAACUGAGUUGAUGGAGUUAAAUAAUGAUGGAUUUGAUGCUUGUAUGUUUUCUGUUUGUUCAUAUGAUUCAACACUGUUAUUUUUUUUAAAUUAAUUAAUUUUGUCAAAGGGAAGAUUCCUGUGUUCACGCUCCUGUUCGCAGGAAAUGAGCCCGGCAGUCCUCCUGCUCUCCUGCAGCCUUUCUUUCAUUAACACUGGACACAGUCUGUAUGCACAGCCUGUGCUACAGCUGAGGAACUCUUCACACUGCAGCUUGUUACUGCAGCAGCACGGUGAUAAACGAACUCAUGAUAAAAUAUGCAUUUAGGCAGCAGAAAUAAUCUUUGCUUUCAUUUUUUAUGUAUUUAUUUACAUAAUAAUUACAGUGUGGUACAGAUAUAUAUGUUAGUGUGAACAGGAGUCUGUGGAAUUUGAAAGUGUAUAUUCUAAAAAAUUAAAUUGAGGAAAACAGAAUGGAGUGGAUUAUACUUUAUUUUGUCAUAUUUGCUUAUGUUUUUUCUUUCGGUCGUGUGUUCUUUCUUCAAACUGAUGAAUGUGUUCAAAAUAAAAUGAGUUCUUUGCUGA